AUGGGCGUCCCUCCAACCCUGGCUGCGGCCGCAGCGCUGGGUAGCGACAGCAUGCCGCUACUCGAGGCCAUCUCGGGUAUCUUUGGCAGCGUCAGCAUGGCCUCAUGGAUUUUUCUCAUGCUGCCGCAAAUGUUUGCCAACUACAAGGCCAAGAGCGCCGACGGCCUGAGCAUGGCCUUUCUGGUUGUCUGGAUGCUCGGCGACGUCACCAACCUUUUCGGCGCCUUCUUCACCCACCUCGCCCCGACCGCCAUCGCACUCGCGUGCUACUUUUGCGUCGCCGACUGCGUCCUCCUCGCCCAGUGCCUCUACUACAACAGCCUCAACCGUCGCAAGGACGCCCGCGCCGCGGCCCGCGCCCAGGCGGCGGCGGCGGACGAGGAGUCGCCGCUGCUCAGUCGCCGCAGCCAGUCGCCCGGCCGGCGUCGCGCCAGCCACUCGUCGCAGACCAAGACGCCCAUCGGCGACGACGUCCUCGACACGGCGCCCUGGAAGAAGAACCUGCUCAGCCUGGUCGUCGUCUACGUUGUUGGCUUCGUGGGCUGGUACACCUCCUACAAGGCCGGCGCGUGGAAGUCGGAUCCGGCGCCGCCUUCGGACCCCAACGAGGAGAGGACAACGCUGGAGAUUGUCGGCUUGGCUCUGGGCUACGCUAGUGCCUUUUUCUAUCUUGCCGCCCGUCUACCUCAGAUUAUGAAAAACUACCGCGAAAAGUCGUGCGAGGGCCUUUCGCUGCUCUUCUUCCUCCUUUCGCUCACCGGAAACGCCACCUACGGCAUUAGCCUGGUCACCUACUCGCAAGACAAAAAGUACCUGCUCAACGCCGUGCCCUGGCUGCUGGGCUCCCUCGGCACCAUCUUCGAGGACUCCGUCAUCUUUGUCCAGUUUCACAUUUACGCCAACAAGGCGCGCGGCGCGAACUCUUCGGUAUAA